CUGAACUGCAGAGUCAGACCCUGUCUCAAAAAGCAAAACAAAACACGGGGGGAUAGAAACAGAGCUGGUCCUGAGAAAGACCCAAUGACAGACAGACCUGCAAAAGGCUUAAAAAAGCUGUCCUACCAGUGCUCAAAGAACUAGACAGAUGUGGAGAAUGUCCUAAAAGCUCGUCAAAUGGAAAUCUCUCUCAGGUUGACAUUUGCACCGAGGCCACAGAAGCGAUGGUCGAGCCUUGGUUCACUUCAAAGAAGCACCACAGCAGAAGUAGUAGAAAAGUCAGCUAGCUGCAAGUUGGUCAGGCUCUGUCUGGGCCUUUGCUGGCUGGUGAGAUGGCAGAUGAGGAAGAGGAUCCUACAUUUGAGGAGGAAAAUGAAGAAAUUGGAGGUGCCGAAGGUGGACAGGGUAAAAGAGACUUUUCUGAAGAAUUGCGAUGUAUGAUGUAUGGGUUUGGAGAUGACCAGAAUCCUUACACCGAGUCGGGGGAUAUUCUUGAAGACGUUGUCAUAGAGUUCAUCCCUGAAAUGACUCACAAGGCAAUGUCCACUGGAAGACAAGGUCGAGUACACGUCGAAGAUAUCGUCUUGAAUCGAAAGGACCCGAGGGAAUUUGCUAAAGACUUGCUGACUAUGAAUAAAGAAUCGAGACGAGCUAGAGAAGCAUUUGAUGAAGCCAACUAUGAGUCUUGACACCUUGUGUGCUUUCUGAAAUGUCAUUAUUUUGUAUGGAAACCGUAUAUGUUUAUUUUCUGCAGUAUCGUCCUGAUGCUUAGGCACGUACAUGAGAGGAAGAAACACACGUUUUCAGCCUUUAUUUUCAUGUCUUUGUUUUUAGAGCAUUUGGUUCCAGCCCUUAAUUGCCUGCCUUUAUAUGACCAUACUUGAAUUACUUACUAGAUUUUAAUGACUACAUA